CACCUCCCUGAGGUAUAAAGGAUCUCUUGUUUCCGUAGCAGCAUCUCACAGCUACAUCACUCCCUCCUGCAGGUGCUCACACUUUGAACAACACAGGAGGAGGAGGCUCUUUUCUGCCGUCUGAAAAGGUUUUUCUUUGUUGGACCUUUGAGGUUUGUUGUGCCAUCAUGUCGAUGGGCAUGGAGAUCGUGGGCAUCGCCCUCGGAGUCAUCGGAUUUAUCCUUGCCAUUGUUACAUGUGCCCUGCCGAUGUGGAGGGUGACGGCCUUCAUCGGGGCCAACAUCAUCACGGCUCAGACCAUCUGGGAGGGUCUGUGGAUGAACUGUGUGACCCAGAGCACGGGCCAGAUGCAGUGCAAAGUCUACGACUCGCUGCUGGCGUUGCCUCAGGAGCUUCAGGCCUCCAGAGCCAUGAUGAUCAUCGCCAUCAUACUCGGGGUGCUGGGGGUCAUGAUCUCCAUCGUCGGCGCCAAGUGCACCAACUGCAUCGAAGACGAGCCGUCCAAGGCCAAAGUGAUGAUCAUCGCUGGAAUCUUCUUCCUCCUCGGAGGCCUUUUGGUGCUCAUCCCCGUCUCCUGGACCGCCAGCGUCGUCAUCCGCGAUUUCUACAACCCCGUCCUGACCAACGCGCAGAGGAGGGAGCUGGGGGCGUCCCUCUACAUCGGCUGGGGAGCGGCCACCUUGCUCCUGAUUGGCGGAGCCAUGCUGUGCAGCAGCUGCCCGCCAAAAGAGAAGAAGUACAAGCCGCCUCGGAUGGCGUACACCGCCCCGCGCAGCACCAGCGCAGGUGGAGGGUACGACAGGAAGGACUAUGUUUGAUUGGAUAUCAUGGAAAAGUUUGUUGCACAUGAGUGUUUCUGUGUGUCUGUGUUGUUUUUGUUGUCUGAAACCGCAGGGUAAACCCCACGAAAAGACUCCGAGAUGAAGAUGAGUGUAGAGAUAUUGAUGUUUCUGCUUUGCUUUACUCGUACACGUCAUGUUAAACGCCUUUGCUUUGCUCUAAUCUGCAAUGACUUUACUCUUUUGAAAUGUCUGAGUAUGUGUUGUAUUUAUACUAAAACCUCUGUGGCAUUAUGUGAAUCGAGAACCCCUGCCUUCUGUGUGUGUGUGUGUGUGUGUGUGUGUGUGUGUGUGUGUGUGUGUGUGUGUGUGUGUGCGUGUGUGUCAUUAGCUGUUGGCCGGCCGGUGUUGGGUUUCAACGGGACUUUCAGCUUAAAUGCAGUGUGUCAUUCAGGUGAAAAGGAAGUGCCAGCUCUCGUUUUACAUGAAUUUGGUUGUGUGUGUGUGUGUGUGUGUGUGUGUGUGUGUGUGUGUGUGUGUGUGUGUGUGUGCGUGUGUGUUUGCACCCGCACAUGUGUGUUUUGCAUGUAAUAUUUGCUUAGGAGAGUUUCUGCUGAGACUGAAACUGAAGAUGGAUCAGCGAUAUGACCCCGGGUAACAAUUCUAUCUUCAUCCUCACAGUUUCACAGUUUCACUGUGUGAGGACGUAGAAGAGACGGUUUCAGUCUCUAUGUGUGAGCUUAUUUUAUAUUUCUGUAACAUAAAUGUAUUUGUAAUGUAUUUUGAUGUCACAUAUUGUUGCGUUUGUCUUUUUAAACUUGUGUGUUAGUUUCAAACAUUUUAGCAUCUUUUCUAUCAGAUGCAACAUCCUGUACCGUCAAACAAAGAGCCAAAGAACCUCUUUAGUGUGUGUGUGUGUGUGUGUGUGUGUGUGUGUGUGUGUGUGUGUGUGUGUGUGUGUGUGUGUGAGACCCUGAGGAAACGUGACUACAACUGUUGUAGGAUGUUUGACAUCAGCAGGAUGUGUUUAGUGUGUAGAAAUCAAACAUUUCACUUAUUCAGCUUCGUCUCUUUCAAAUAAGAUUUUCAAACCACGUUCUGUUACGUCUUGUUGUUCAGAAAAUGUUAAAAGAGCUGAUUUAUAAAUAUAAAAUGCUUCGUUAAAUGUUUUAUAGUAGUGCUUGUAUGUUAAAGAUUUCAAUAAAAGUCAAUUAAA